CACAAUUCUCAACGGCCAAACCAACCCCCAGCAAAGGUCAAAAUCCUACGCCCCACAUAUAGCCCACAUAUUGCCCCUCUCUCUCUCUCUCUCUCUCUCUCUCUCUCUCUCAUCCCCAUGGCCGCCUAGAAGACAGAAGAGUAAAGCAAAGCAACAACGACCCGCUCCUCCCUCCCUUAAACUCACACGACUCCUCGAAAAGUCUCAGCCGUCCACACACUAAUCCACAUUCCGCCGCCCUUUUAACCUCUUCUCGCCUCUCUGCUUGGCCAAACUCCAUUAGAAGCUCCUUGCUUUUUCCAACCCCGCCCACCCUUCUCUCUCUCUCUCUCUAGAACUUGGAUUGAGCUAAAGAAAAAGUCAUUUUACGAUCUGGGUUGUUGAUUUUGGAGCUUGUAAGUUGAAAUACAAUGGGAGUUAGUAAAUGGGAAAGAGUGAAGCUAUUGCUGGGGCUGAAGCUCUGCGUCUACGUUCCCAGGAACAACGACGGUUUGCCGCCUCCAUCGGAUAGUAUCUCCGGCGCCGCUCUGCUUCCGGCGGCGGCGUCUCCGGCUACGACGCCGUCGUCCCGUUGGUCGAAGCUGUCUGCGAGUUUUAGCAGAUCGUCUACGAAUACCUGCUCAAUAUGUUUGGGAACAAUGAAAUGCGGAGGUGGCCACGCCAUUUUCACUGCGGAAUGCUCCCAUUCCUUCCAUUUUCACUGCAUAGCUUCAAACGUGAAGCACGGAAACCAAAUCUGUCCCAUUUGCAGAGCAAAGUGGAAUGAAAUACCCUUGCAGAGUCCCAGUUUCAAGCUUCCAUCUGAUAGAGGACGAAUCACUCCAAUAGAUUGGGCACCCAAUAAUACUUCAAUGACUGUAAUUCGCCGCCUACCACCUCCACGUCGUCCCAAUUCCCAUGUCAUCCCACUGUUUCAUACCCCGGAGCCGGCCGUCUUCAACGACGAUGAAUCUCUAGAUUGUGAUUCGUCAAACAUGAAAUCAUCAGAUGCAUGUGAUUUUCGCAGGAAAAUAAAAAUCACCUCAUUCCCUGAAUUUAAAUCCGUGUCACGGUUGAUGUCGUACGACGAUUUCACAGUUCUCAUCCAUAUAAAAGCUCCUGUUUCCGUUUCCGUUUCCGGUCAAACUGAAAACGAAAAUCAAGUUAACUCUCCACAGAUUUCGCAAACGCCUCGGGCUGCUAUCGACCUUGUUACUGUACUUGACACCAGUGGUAGUAUGGCAGGGACCAAACUUGCAUUGCUAAAGCGAGCCAUGGGUUUCGUGAUUCAAAAUUUGGGGCCCAAUGACCGAUUGUCUGUGAUCGCUUUCUCUUCAACCGCCCGUCGCCUCUUCCCCCUCCGUCGGAUGUCUGACACCGGAAAACACCAAGCGUUGCAAGCUAUUAACUCUUUAGUGGCAAAUGGGGGGACGAACAUUGCAGAAGGGUUAAGAAAGGGCGCUAAAAUAAUGGAAGAUCGAAGGGAAAAGAAUCCGGUUGCCAGUAUAAUUCUUUUGUCCGAUGGACAGGACACUUACACUGUCCAUAGUUCAAUUAGAAACCAGCAAAAUCCAAAUUACCAUCUGCUCCUUCCUUUGUCAAUCCACAAAAACGGGAUUUCUGGAUGCAGGAUCCCGGUUCAUACAUUUGGGUUUGGUACGGAUCACGAUGCGUCAUCCAUGCACUCGGUUGCUGAGAUUUCCGGAGGUACCUUCUCUUUCAUCGAAACUGAAUCUGUUAUUCAAGAUGCAUUUGCACAGUGCAUUGGGGGACUUUUGAGUGUUGUGGUGAAGGACCUUCAAGUUUGUAUUGAUUGUCUCCACCCCACGCUCUCCUUAACCUCUUUAAGAUCCGGAAGUUACCCGAAUCGGGUGAUUGCUGACCGACGAACAGGUUUCAUCGACGUUGGAGAUUUGUAUGCCGACGAGGAGAGGGAUUUUCUUGUUUCGGUCAAUUUGCCAUCAGAUUCCUCUAGCAACGAAACAUCGUUGUUGGAAGUGAAAUGUGUUUACAACGAUCUGUUGACGAAAGAAAUGCAAACUACGGUGAGCGAAGAAGUUAGGGUUAAGAGAGAUGAAAUAGCCGGAAAGGAGGCCAUUUCAAUUGAAGUGGACCGGCAACGCAACCGGCUCCUGGCAGCGGAUGCAAUGGCGGAAGCGAGGGCCACAGCCGAACGGGGAGACCUUAGUGGGGCCGUGUCGGUCCUCGAGAGCUGCCGAAGGUUGUUGUCGGAAACUGUGUCGGCGAAAUCCGGCGAUCGGCUCUGUGUCGCAUUGGAUGCGGAGCUGAAGGAGGUGCAAGAGAGGAUGGUGAGUCGCCAAGUGUACGAGGUGUCAGGCAGGGCGUACGUUCUUUCAGGAAUGAGCUCUCACUCGUGGCAGCGGGCGACAGCACGGGGUGACUCCACAGAUGGCUCAAGCCUGGUUCGGUCUUAUCAAACCCCAUCGAUGACCCAAAUGCUCAGUCGCUCCCAAACUACAUUGGUGGCUAGCCCAGCGGCUCACAGGCUACCGAAACCAAGGUAAUGGUAUAUAGGGUUGCUAUGGAGAUCGAUUGCUCCUCAAGACAAGGGUAUAUGUUCUGAUGCUGUUGCAACUUCUGUAUCUUCAUUUUGGGGUGGGGAGAAAUUCAAAAGGUACUUAAGAGUUAGGGUUCUUUGCUGGCAGUUGUGCCUGUCUUAUUUAUAUUUGUAUAGAAAUAAACCCAGCAAAGGAAUUUGCUUAGAGGAACACAGGGCAGGGCUGAAAACUUCUUGUUUUGCUCCUUUUACUGUGUUGUUUUGCUGUUGGGGGUGAUGCACAUAAGAUAUGGUUUAGUCUCGGGCCUCUCGGCGAGGUUGGUAUAAGUUUGUAAUUGUGGUGAUGGUUUGGGGUAAACCCGUCCCCGUAACACAUCAGAAACCUGCAAUGUGAUUCUUUUGGCAUAGUUCUCCUGAUUCA